UGUAUUACCUAACGAAUAAACUCAUGAACAAAAGACAAGCUAGCUAGCAAGCAGCAAUACAUUAAGCUUCAACCUUAAAUUAACACAAAGCUUAACAUUGUAUUCUUUGUCAGUUUACAAACGUUAACAGAAACAGAAGCGUUAGCCAAACCUGCUACAUAACGUUUGAGAGUGCAAACCCAAGACAUGCACCAACGCUAGUUAGCUAGUCUAGAGCUAGCUACAGUACAGUACUGUAGCCAGACAUCCUUGCUUUGUUGGUCGAAUUGAAAAUGCGUUCUCAAAAACAUCAAGCCAACAGUUCUGGCAGGUUUCUUGCCCCCACGGUCAACACCUAUAAACUGCACCUUGCAGGAGUGAAGUCUAUGAUACCGGAUAGAUAUGUGAGGCCGCUUAACAUACGGUUGUCUAAAGACACCUCCAAAGAAAUAAACAUGGACGCCCUGAGAACAAGUCCAUUAAAACAAGAGAGCAAGUUUAAUGCACAUGGUAGACUUCACCACACACCUGUGGCCUUUGUCAAUGAGGUUGGGGGUCCUGAGCGGACUCUCCUACCUCCUGCGGCUGCUGUGCCUGGUGAGAUGACUGGGGAGCUAGGGACUCAGGCACAUAGAGUGAAGCCUCGGAGAGCUACCCACAGUGCCGGAGCUAGCUACUCCCAUAGUGCAUCACUUCUGAUCCAUCCAGCAACUGAUACUGCAGGUGAUGUUGAGACACAUCACAAAAGUUCUGCUCCUGGAUUUCCCAUCGCCUUUCAUUCCCGUGAUGACUGUGCUUCGAGUCCAGAGCGACUAGAUUUGGACAGACGUGGUCUGGAUAAGUACCCUCUACUAGAGGGUAUGGAUAAGCUACGACUGCUCAACUUGCAGCACAAUUUCAUCACUCGUGUUCAGAAUCUGUCACAUCUUCAGUGCCUGGUCUUCCUAGACCUCUAUGACAACCGCAUCUCUGAGAUGACCGGUAUCUCAGUCCUGAGCUCUCUUCGGGUUCUUAUUCUUGGCAAGAACAGAAUCCAGAGGAUGUGCAGUCUGGAGAACCUGAACCAACUUGAUGUCCUGGACCUACAUGGCAAUCAGAUCUCCCGCAUAGAGAAUGUGUCCCACCUGAGUGAGCUGCGUGUGUUGAACCUGGCCAGCAACAACAUCUCCAGGGUGGACAAUCUGCGAGGCCUGGACUCUCUGACGGAGCUCAACCUGCGACGCAACUGCAUCUCUGCUGUGACAGAGGUGGAUCAGCUGCCCUGCCUACAGCGCCUCUUUCUCAGCUGCAACAGCAUCAGCAGUUUUGAUGACCUAGGCUGCCUGGGAGAGUCCUGCUCCCUGUCUGAACUCACCCUGGAUGGGAACCCAGUAGCCCAGGAGACAUGGUACAAGCAGGCUACCCUGCGCUGCCUUCUUCAACUCCGACAGCUGGACAUGAAGUGCAUCACAGAGGAGGAGAGACGCAUGGCGUUUGUGCUGGCCCGGAAGGAGGAGGAGAAGAAAAAGGAGAAUUCCAAGCAGCUCUCUCAAAAGAGCCCUGCAAACACAUUGACCGUGCAGUGUCUCCCCUCACGAGGACUCAGGUCUCAGGACACGUCAGACACAAGCAAGGAGAAGAGGCGUCUGGCCAUUCGUAAUGCAGCGCAGCAGUGGGAGGGUCUUCGGGCCUGUCUGGAGCUGCCGUCGUCCCAGAAUGGAGCCAAGGACGAGGUCAGCCCAGAGAACAGCCCCGCCCACAGCCCGGCGCAGACCAAUGGCCUCACACUGGAGCCCUCCCCAGAUGAGCCCAGGCGAGUGAGCCCAGUGUCAGCCCCGGAACGACCAACAGGGGGCAGCGAGAACAGGCUGCGCUCCACCAGUCGCCCCAACAGCCCGCGAGAUCCCAGGCUCCUGGAGGCCGGGGGCUCCAGCGUACAGAGCCUGUCCCUCUCCGACAGCCACCUGGCAGAGCUGGACGGUGACACGCUGCGCCUAUUUGGCCCCGGGGCCCUGGAGGCCCUGGAGAGAGGCUGGGGGGUCCAGACAGCCGGGGCCGUCACGGUCAUAACCUUCCGCUACAUCCACUUUGACGCCAUCGUGCCAACACUGCCACGCAUAAGAGUCAAGUUCCCCAAUUUAGCGCACCUGGUCUUCCUAGAGACCAGCCUCAGCCGUCUGCCCCAGCUGGCAGCGCUCGCCCAGGUGAGGCGUCUGGACCAGCUGACCAUCCACCCCGAGGGCAACCCCGUGGUCAGCCUAGCGCUGUGGCGCUCCUUCCUCAUCUACCGCCUGCACCACUUUAACCUGCAGAGGGUCAACGGGCUGGAGGUGACCAUGAAUGACGUCAUCACAGCGGAACGUUUGUUUGGGACGUUGGGCCACAUCGCCGCCACAGAGACCCCUCGCUGUCGUCUGCUUCUACUGCUGGAGGAGUCCAGGAAGCGUCAGCUGCAGUUCCUGCUGGACGGCCGUGGGCGCCGGGCGGGCCUCAGCCCUGAGGAGCUGAGGGAGAACGGCAGGCUUCUGGGGGAGGGCCUGAGCAGAGCGCUCUUCAACUACCCCAGCCGAGACUGCAGCGCUGAGAGUCCCGAGGAGGGCGGUGUGGAGUCAUCGGAGCGCAGCGCUGUGGCGGAGCAGUACCUGCGUGAGCUGGUCCAGAGGGCCUCCGACACCAACCUGAAGGGCGAGGCCCUCCACAAGCUGUGGCCCUCAAUGUUCACAGACAUGGUGAGGGACUGCGUGCUGGAGAUGAAGGACCAGCCAGCCUUCCGCCAGGCCUCCCUCGCUAGGCUCUCCCAGAGAAAGUGAGGGGAGGGUGGGAUUAGGGCGCCCAGGAAGACAGGCCUCUUCCAUGCAGACCCACAGCUGUCCCACAUACACAUCCAUCCGGGGCACUUAACUCUAGCGCCGUCUCACUCUCCCCCUCCGUCGUACCACGUCUAACCUCUCGUUAACCCUUCUAACUUCAAUGUCCCCCGAUCGAGUCUUUAGAAAUGUCUUGAAGGUUUUUUCCGAAACUGAACCUGCGUCUUCUGGAGAUGGACUUGUCGUUGAGGUACCACGUGACAGAAACCUCAUGGUUGAAUGUACAUGUUCACAGAAGUGACUACUAUAUCAAUGUCUGUUCUUAGUUUGUUCCCAUGUAAACUGGCUUGCAGGUCAGAAUGGUCGGAUCGGCUGAAAGACUUUGUGACUGGCCAUUGUGUGUGUGUGUGUGUGCGCAUCGCCACCCUUAAGGAACACUCUCUGCACUUUAAGAUGACUUCUGUUAGCUUUCAAAAUGAAAGACCCUCCUCACCAUCAUCUCCAGCAGAAGGUGACUGUAACUGGUCUCUCAUUGAGGCUAGAAGGAUUGUUUUUGUCUUACAUUAUCCUGUCCUGUGUCACUCCCUGCCACGCUCUCCUGCCUGGGUGGGCGUGAUGCGAAGCUGGCGUGACGCGAAGCUGGAGUGAUGCGAAGCUGGCGUGAUGCGAAGCUGGCGUGACGCGAAAUUGGCGUGACGCGAAGCUGGCGUGAUGCGAAGCUGGCGUGAUGCGAAGCUGGCGUGAUGCGAAGCUGGCGUGACCCGAAGCUGGCGUGAUGCGAAGCUGGCGUGAUGCGAAGGGCACAAAUGACACGUUUUCUUUGGACCGUUUAUUUUCUGUGACGUCCUUAGUAUUAAAAUAUUCCCUAACGCUAA